AUGUUGAAAGAUCUAUGGCACAGACCUUGGGCGCGAAUGAUUUGGAUUGAGAGAUCCCUGGAGGCUAUCAGCCGAUGCCUCAUCGCCAAGGACGGUAUCGCCUGGCCCGACGAUACCGAACGACGCGAUAUAGCUCGGGAAUUCGGCCGCAAAUCACCUUUCCACAACUGCGUAGGCCUCUUGGACGGCACAUUCAUCCAGAUGGAACAUAUCCCCGGCCGGGAAAAUAAUCGUCUUUGGUCUGGAAGCAGAGAUACCUAUGGUUACAACGUGCUGGUGGUGGUUGAUCAUGAGUAUCGGAUCCGGUCCCUACACACGGUAUUUUUGGCUUCACAUCAUGAUGAGCAGGUGUAUCGUAGUACGAAGGUCACUUCUCCCCCGACGAACAUCUCCUUUAACGACAGCGCCUACACUCCCAACGUCAACUCUGCGCAAGAGGACGAAAAGCACUCGGAAUUCAACGCCGACGUCAAAAAGGCUCAUGUCGUUAUGGAGCGCGCCAUGGGGUAUUGGAAGGCGCAGGUGAAGAAUCCCGAAAAGUAUGUUACGUUUGCUACUGCGCUGCUUCACAACUACGUGCUCGAGCACGAAGGUCUCGACGAUGACGAGCUCAUUGAUGAGGCUGAGCUGGAGCUGGUGAAGAAAGAGGAUAUAGCGGCUCAGAAGAGGUUGGUGGAUAUACAGGAGCUCAAUGAGGCGGAGAAGAAGGGGGAUGGGAGUAGGCGGGAGGCUGUUCGAGCGGAGGUAGAGAGGAUGAGAGAGUUGGGCAGGAGUUGGGGCAGGAUGUUGCGUACGGAGUGA